UGGAUAGAAAGUGAAAUCUGACUUGAAAGCUAAAAUGUGUGAUUUUUUUGUUAAAAAAAAUCUAUUUAGGUCUAAAUUCUAUUUUAGAUUGCAGGAAAAUUUUACAUUUCUGUAUUUGGGGCCUGAAUUUAACCUCAGUUUUUGAUAAAGCCAGGCAGGCUCUGGAAGGCUGAACCUUUAUAGGAAACGUAUUCUGUAUAAUAUUCCUGUCACAUUAACAACAUUUAAGAAUUAAGAUAAUUUACGGAGUGGACCAAGAUGGUGGCUCCUAUGGAUCUGGAAUUGAAGAAGGCCUUCACAGAGCUUCAAGCCAAAGUUAUUGACACUCAGCAGGUGAGGCUUGCAGACAUACAGAUUGAACAGCUAGACAGAAUGAAAAAGCAUGCACAUCUUACAGGUACAGAGAUUAUGACUUUGAUAGAGGAGACUAACAUGUAUGAAGGUGUAGGAAGAAUGUUUAUUCUUCAGUCCAGGGAGGUAAUUCACAAUCAACUGCUAGAGAAACAGAAAAUAGCAGAAGAAAAAAUUAAAGAAUUGGGACAGAAAAAAUCCUACCUGGAGCGGAGUGUGAAGGAAGGUGAGGACAACAUCUGGGAGAUGCUGAUGGCACGGAGGGCACAGUAGGAAACCUCUAGUGGAAGCUUUCUGCCCCGUUCCAUUCCUCGCCAGGGCAGAGGGGCCCGUGUGGGGAAACAGCCUCUCUUCUGCCCUGAUAGACUUCUUAUUUGAAUGAUCUGGUGGCCCUAUGCUUUCUACUUCACCCUGAUCCCCUUUCCGAUCCUGGCUUUGCCUGCCACCCUUGCCCAGGAUACUCUUCUCCCCUGUGGGUGAGUCACGAACUCCCAGGAGAGGCAAGAUGGGAGCCAGGACAGAUAGGGGAGCUCUGCCCAAACCUAUUAGUUAUGCUGGUUAGACCAAUAAAAGGCAUCUGUCCGCCCCUGGCCCCCCCCCCCCCCCAAAAAAAAGAUAAUUUACGUACAAAACUUAACCAGGAUCACAUCUAGGAAGGAGAGCUGGGGAGUCUGGGAAUUUUACUUUCCAUUUUAUAUCUUUCUGUGUGGUUUUAGUUUUUGACCAUGUGGCAGUUUUACUCUUAAAAAAAAGUAUGUCCAUUUGUUUAUUGUUUCUUGGCCUCUGUGAAAAUUUCUGAAUGUGUACUUGACAGUUGAAUUAUGUCCCAAACAGAGGCUGACACCCAGUCCAGUCACCCAAGGAGAGGCAGCUCUGAGGGCAACUGGAACAGGCACAUGAUUUUUAGUUCAAUCUGUCUUCCUUUGUUAUUCCAGACUUUCCUAGGCUCUUAGUUUUAUUUGUUUUCGAGGGGAAAACCCUAGUUUUUGACCCAGGAAGAUGUUUUAGUUAUCUAUCAAGAUACUUCUGAGCUUUUGAAAAAUUGACUCCCAGUUACAGGUUUACCCAAAUACUUCUCUUGCCCCCUUUUGCUUAAAUGUUGCAGUAUGAUGCACUGUCCCCUCUGAGGACUUUCCAUUUAUUCCUAAAGUAAUGGGUACCAUUUCCCUAAGUAAUCAUUGUGUGACUAUACCAUUUCUCAAGAGGUUAUAGCCUAGUGAGAGGUGAGUAAAUUAAUGCUCCAGAUAUUCUUUGCUAAAUUAUUUUCUCCCCUGAAACUAAAUUUAACACCCAUUUGUGUAAAUGGAUCAUUUCCACAAAUGGAUCAUUUGUGUAAAUGGAUCAGUAAAUUGUAAAGCACAUCACAUACUCUGAAAAAAAUUAUCAACCUUAUUUAAUUAUACAAUGAAUAAAGGGGAUAAAAGGAAAUAAAACUGCCUAGAUAUCCUUUUGUAUAUGUUUUUAAAUUCAGGGGUUUUGAGUAUAUCACAAGGUUGUACAACUAUCACUCCUGCCUAAUUCCAGAAUCUUUUCCAAAAGAAGCCCCAUACCCACUAGCAGUCACUUUUCAUUCACAUUUCCCCAUAGCCCCCUGACAACCACUAAUCUUUCUACUAUAUAUUUGCCUAUUCUGGUCAUUCCAUAUAAAUUAAAUCUGACUUCUUUCAUUUAGCAUAUUUUCAAGGUUCAGCUAUGUUGUGCCAUUCCUUUUUAUGGUGGAAUAAUGGUUUGUUGAAUGGAUACACCAUUUUUUAUCCAUUCAUCAGUUGGUGGAUAUUUGGGUUGUUUCUACUCUGGCUGUUAUGAAUAUGCUGUUGUGAACAAAUUUUUGUUGACCUACGUUCCCCUCUCUCUUGCAUAUACCUAAAAGUGGAAUUGUUAGGUCAUAUGAUAACUCCAUUUAACUGUUUGAUGAAUUGCCACACUGUUUUCCAUAGCACCUGCACCAUACCAUGUUUCUACCAGCGGUGCAUGAUGGAAUCCAAUCUCUGUCUUGUUUUUGUUCCUCGUAUUGAUUAUAACCAUCCUAGUGGUUGUGAAGUGCUGUCUCAGUGUGGUUUCGAUCUGUAAU